ACGAGGCCAUCAUCGUUGGAGCUCGCUGGGUAUGACGUACCGCCCAUCAAAGAACUCUUAAAGAGUCUCUCCACGACAGGAAAGAUAGACCUCUCUAACAAGCUUUAUAUCCACAUUAUAAACCAAUUAAAUAUGUCUAGUGUUCAAGAAACCUACGGAAAAGGUGGCGCUGGCAAUGUCAGUAGGAACGUAAACCAUGCAAUCGAAGAGGUCGAGGCCCAUAUUCCAACCGAGAACACAGCUGGAAGAGGAGGCUAUGGCAACAUCCAGGAAGGACCAGGGCACUACGAUUAUGCCAGUGGUCACGCUGGCCUCGUCGAUACUACUGGGAGAGGCGGAUUAGGAAACUUACCAGAGCCUGGAACACAUGCUACUACAGGCACCACCGAAGGUACCGCACCCUUCAAAGCUGAAGCACACAAGGAGCAGAAAGUGACCGCAGCUGACAAGGUCAUUGGCUCCGCCCAGAUCGCUAUCGGUAAAGUCACCAAAAUUACUGGUCUCAUUGAAAAGGGUACAGAACGGAAGACUGAAGGUUCCCUGCACUCGACUGCUCCUGUGCCACCCAGUGCUGCUCACUCUGGGGCUCCCCAAGAAUAUGGAACUUCCACGGACCUCAAGAACAGUCAUGGUGGUCAAUCGCGCUGUGAACCGAACCGCAACCUUGAUUUUGUCAAGAUAGACACAGCCGUUCACACCACACACAUAGUCUCAAUGAUGCUGAUGCCAAUAUCCAAAUAUCGAGUUAGUAGUAGUGCUGAAUUCCAGUCCCAUGCGACUCAAAUCUCAACUCAAUUUCAGGUCUCGAAUGAUCGUAAAUCUCCUGAUUAUCCCAUUAUUCAGAUCCUGAGGACUGAUGCUCUGACAGCUCUCGAACUCAGGACGAAUCCAACAAUCUCCAUAGGUAUCAAAACGGACACUCGCUCGCGUUUAGAAUUACUUCAGAAGGGAAAGGAGGUUAUUAGCAAACAUAAGAGUAGGAUCGCGUUGUAUCAAAAAUUGGCAGUUACUGAAGACAAUAUGGAGUUACAUCCUAUAUCCAAAGCAAUUCUUGGCUCUAUCAAUGUUCUUUAUCAGCGCUUUGAGGAGCAGGAACAGAACAACGAGUUUAUACUCCAACUCGUAGACAAUAUUGCGUCUACGAUCGGCUAUAUGGAAGACGUGGAGCAGUUUGCAAGGAUUUCCCAACUAAGGAAAGCGAUCGAGGAUACUCGCCCCCUCAUUGAAGAGACGAUCAAUUUCAUCCUUAGAUAUACUUCUCGAAGCGGAAUAA